AAACCCGUUGUGUCCCAACAUCGAUCGCACAACUUAUACUCGUCGCAAAGGUCGAGUCAAAAGCCAACACCAAACUUCUCAGUUGAUCGCGAGCGCGCCAUGGCGUCCAAGAGCCAAGCUGAUCUCGAGUCCCAGAAGUCCGCGCCGCCAGCAGCGGCUGUCGCAUCGGCUCCCACAGCAACCGCGCCGGCUUCUGGUGGCUCUGUGGAGAGAACCUUAGGCUCCGUCGUUGUUGGCAUCUCUGAUGCUCACCGUGCGGCGCCGGAGACCCAGCCGCUUCUGCAGGUUCAGUCGAACGGCCAGGGAGGCGGCGGGGCCAGGAACGACGAGGCGACGCGGCUGGAGCGUGCAAUGGCCCAAGCAUUCCAGAGCACCGCUGAGCUGGCCAAGAACCUUCCCACCGGCGCCGUGCUCGUCUUCGAGGUGCUGUCGCCGGUGUUCACCAACGGCGGUAAGUGCCAAGACGUGAACCGUGUCAUGACGGCCUGGCUUGUGGGGCUCUGCGCCGCUGCGUGCUUCUUCCUCUGCUUCACGGACAGUUUCCUCGACGCCAGGGGGACCGUGCGGUACGCGGUGGCCACGUACUCCGGCCUGUGGGUCAUCGACGGCACGCCACCACCGCCGCCCGAGGAAGCCGCCGGGAAACGGCUCAAAUUCAUCGACUUCUUCCACGCGUUCCUGUCGUUCAUCGUCUUCAUGUCCGUGGCCAUGUUCGACAGGAACGUCGGCGCGUGCUUCAACCCGGUCAUGUCCUACGACAAGCAGCAGGUGCUCACCGCUGUGCCGCUUGCCGGAGGGUUAGUCGGGACGCUGCUCUUCGCCGCGUUCCCGUCGACACGGCACGGGCUCGGGUUCCCAAUUCCCGCCGCCUGAGAUGCACACAUUCUAGCUGUGAAUUAUCGGCUGAUUUCCCUGUGUUGCGUCUUCUGUUGUCAGAUGUUUGUAUCAUUGCUUGGGAUAUUCCCUGACGUGCAUUUUCUGCAUCUUUAGUUUGCGUAAGUAGUAGUGCAAGCAUAUUGUACGAUUUAUUUCAGUAUUCCAAAUUUCCAAGUUUGGCUUGGUGUGACGAGUAAAUUAUUCCAGUUUUGCAUAUAUCAGUCGUAGCUAGUGGUCAUGUAGAAUGUGUUCACUUGGUUUAAUAAUCAUGACAACCCUGCUUUUAUGAAAACUGGAGGAGAAUCUUA